GAUAAGAUUGGAAAAAGAAAAGGGAUCACCACCAUUGAGUUCAGAACUUUUAGAAUAGCCUAAAAAAUUUUCCCUUUCUUUUUUCUAAGCUCUCUGGUUGCAACUCAAAAUGGAGGGAGAGCCCCAAAACCUGAUUCAAAUCCCCACAGUGAAGCUGGGAAGCCAAGGAUUGGAGGUUUCAAGGUUGGGUUUUGGAUGUGCAGGACUUUCAGGAUCUCUCAGCACUCCCCUCUCUCAUGAAGAUGGAUGUCACAUCAUCAACCAAGCUUUCAUCAGAGGGAUCACCUUUUUUGAUUCUUCUGAUCUUUAUGGAGCUAAUCAUGACAAUGAAAUCAUGAUUGGAAAGGCCUUAAAACAGCUCCCUCGAGAGAAGAUUCAAUUAGCUACAAAGUUUGGCAUUGUGCUAUUAGGAGGAUUUGAAUUUGCAGUAAAUGGGACACCUGAAUAUGUAAGGAAGUGCUGUGAGGCGAGUCUUGAGUGUCUUCAAGUUGAUUACAUCGACCUAUACUAUCAGCAUCGAGUAGACAUAUCCGUGCCGAUCGAAGAAACUAUGGGAGAGCUGAAGAAGCUGGUGGAAGAAGGGAAGAUAAAGUACAUAGGUUUGUCUGAAGCAAGUCCAGAUACCAUCAGGAGAGCCCAUGCAGUUCAUCCAAUCACUGCCUUACAGAUGGAGUAUUCCCUGUGGAGCCGUGACAUUGAAGAUGACAUUAUCCCUCUUUGCAGGGAGCUUGGAAUUGGAAUAGUGGCUUAUAGCCCUCUGGGUCGAGGCUUCCUUGCUGGAAAGGCGGUCGUCGAGAGCUUGCCAACUGAUAGCUCAUUGGUUUAUCAUCCAAGAUUCAGCAAGGAGAAUUUAGAAGAGAAUGAAGGUAUUUACAGAAGGCUUGCUAAUCUUGCUGCCAAGCAUCGUUAUACCACAGUUCAGUUGGCUUUAGCGUGGCUGCUUCAACAGGGCAUUGACAUUGUUCCCAUCCCAGGGACAACUAAAGUUGGGAACCUUGACAGCAACAUUGAGUCACUGAGUGUGAAGCUAACAGAGGAAGAUUUGAAAGAAAUUGGUGAUGCUGUGCCAGAAAAUGAAGUUAAAGGUCAACGAGAAUAUGAUGUUCUCACUAAAUAUAUGUGGAAGUUUGCAAACACGCCAUUAAGGAAUUAAAAGCUUUGUUACAUACAUACUUAUGCAGACAUCAGAAAAAUUUCUAGUACUGACACUAUACUUUUAAAAAAAAAUAAUUAUUUAAUAUUGGUGGACCCUAUAUUAUUAAUAUGACAGACAAUGAAUGGAAAGAGUAUUUUAUA